ACAACCCACCCGGUCGUUCCGUUUCGGAACGCUGAGACAACGGGCGGGCGCUCCCAUUGGUGCGCCCCGGCCCGACAGAAUCUCGCUGUCGCUAACGUUCGCGGCGGGGCGGCCGCAGAAGAAGCGGCCGCUGCCCUAACCGUGGGGCCGGCCGAGGUGUGUUCCAGCCCCCGGGGCUCGGGCCCUGCCGGGAUCCGCCUCGACAUGCCCUGACCUAGCGGGGCUCGCUGCGCAAGGUUGAACAUGGCUGAGCUGGUUCAUAAAAGGGGGAAGAGGCGGGACGACAACGGGCUGGGCAGUGCUGUUGACUUCCUGUUGGCCAACGCCAGGCUGGUGCUUGGGGUGGGGGGUGCUGCUGUGCUGGCCAUCGCAACUCUGGUGGUGAAACGGCUGAUAGACCGAGCCACCAGCUCGCCCGACGAGGACGAUGCUAAGGCAGAGCAGAAGUCCAUCGAGGAGAGCUGGCAAGAUCUGAGCUUGAUUAAGGCGGUGCCAAAGCCUCCAAAGAAGCAAAGCCGGGCAGAUCUUAGCAAGUCUCUGCUGUCCCCAUCUGCGACCCUUCCUGCCCAAGCCGCUGAGCCUCAUGGCCAUCCCACCUCCCCGGAGACUCCCCAAGAAGAAUCCAGGACUCUGCUUUGUCUCACGUUCCAGGAGAAACUCCUCUCUUACUACAGAAACCAUGUCACCAUCCCAGAGACGGACGUGGCCCUGGGUAAGCAGCUGGCAAAGGACAUCUGCAUUGAACUGCAGAGCUUCCUGCAAAACAAGUGCCCAGAACUGCCCUUCGGCAGCAUGUUCCUCAGUGGUUCCCUCUGCGACGACCUCCAGGUUGUUGCUGCUGACCAUGUCUGCUUCAUGCUGCCCUUGGUAUUUGAAACCACGCUCUGGAGCCUCAUCCCAGGCGAGGACACCAUUGUACAAGACCCCCAGUUCUGGAUGAUCAGGCGGACUGACCUGGAGUACUUCCCUCGUGGGAGCAGCCCUUGGGACAGAUUCAUAGUAGGCGGGUACCUCUCCUCCAACGUGCUCAAUGAGGUGCUUCAUAAAAUGCUGGUGGCCUCCGUCAACUGGCCUGCCAUCGGCAGCAUGUUGGAGUGCCUCAUCAGACCCGUGGUGGCUUCUGAGGAGCUGAAGUUGGAGGUUACGCAUUACGAGACCCAGCUGAACAUAACCCUCUGCCCAGUGACAGAAGCUGGGGAUAAGGUUCUUCUUGCCAUGCCUCCAAAAGGACUCGUGGGAAACCUCUGGCGACAAAGCUUUUAUAGGUCUGAGGUCUCCAAGCUUAAAGAUCUGGAUGCUGCAGACUCUGGAGCCAGGCGGUGCUGCCUCAAAAUCCUAAAAGGCGUCUGUAAAAACCAUCCCUUCUUGAGCAAACUGACUGGCAGCCACCUGACUCAUGUCCUUCUCCACCUGAGUGAAGCUGAAUCAGACUGGGCAGAGGAAGCCCUGGCUGCGAGGUUCCAGCACGUGCUCGAAUCGUUGGUUGGCUACCUGGAGACAGGCUUCCUCCCCUGCUAUUUCAACAGUCAGAUUAACUUGUUCUGCGAGCUGCUGGAAGAGGAGAUAGAUGAGAUGGGGUAUGCACUCUACAGUGCUGUAUCUCAGCCAGACCUCUUGUUGCAGGAAUGUGUCGAUAAAUGAAUUGUGAGCCUGGGAGAUCCUGAUUGUAGGUUUUUUGUGCUUCUCUGCAUCCACUUCUCCAAGAUGAGUGGAUUGCAAAGCUUCUCACUUCCUAGUCGCUACCAGGUGAAAUCCUUGCACUUAGUGAACGAAGUAUUCACUUUUUCGACACAAGGUGCCUGAGUAAAGGGAUGGGAAAUGGGAUCUGGAGCCUAUCACCACCAGGUCUCGCCACUUCCAAUCCAGCCCAUGGCUGUAGUCUCAAGAAGUCAGGUACCAUCUAUUGAGUGGUGAGGCCUGGGUGAAGUGAGUUUGGUCUCCCUCCAGUUCCUAGUGAACUAGUGUCCCUACCAAACUGCCAUCACAGUUGGCACGAUGAGGCCCAGGACUGAAUGGGCCUGGAAACUGAACUGAAUUACCCCUUGUUCCUGGAGAUAGGCCCUGCAGACCAAGGCGAACCUUACACUGCCACUGCUUGUCCUGUACCUUGGCUGUGUAUAAACUGGACUUGUCUUCAGGGCUCUCAGUCCAGCCCCUUUCACGAGCACAAGAUUCACUCUUAAAGAGCCAGGCUCUCAACUUCUUGGGGGGCUGUGUUGGAACCUGGUAUGUAUUUGCAAACCCAGGAUGUUGGCAGCAUGAAGGGACAGGCCUGAGGAGAGAAUCAGUAUCAACUGAUCAUGCACCACGGGAUAUUGCCAUAGCCAGUCAGCUCCCAUCUGCUUUUUCCUGACGCACUUUCAGUGUUACGAGUGCAGCUGCCCCACAGGACAAGCUAAAUCUAACCGGUGUUGCUCAUUCCGUUAACGUGAGCUCCAAUAAUAGGGGUUCAGGACGCGAUUGUGAGUCUUUUUUUUUAUGUUUUCACUCUCCCUCCUUAUGCACUUUUUGCUACAAACUUCAGCGGGAGCUCCACAGCGGGAUUAAGGGUGGUGAUGAUUGAGGGAGAGAGAUGGGUCCUACAGGGUUGUUUCCACAAAGCCUUUCGGUAUAGAUGGAACUAAGUGAUCCUGAAUCUUGCUACAACUGGACACACACAAGAUGGUAGCCUGGCUGCAAGUUAGGACAAUGCUGUAGCUACUGCUGUCGUCCCCAAGUUCCCCUCUGCUUUAAAAAUGAAUCAUGUUGACAGUCCCCACUCCAGCUUUUCAGAUUCAACUGUUUUUAUGCAUAUGUUGCUGCUAUCUAGCGAUCCUGCCCCUUCUAGGUCACCAGUAAGACUCCGCUUACCCCAGAAAGGGGCAGGAUGGGGACGAUGCUUUAAGCAGAAGGCUUCCUGUUAGCAAGAGCUGAAGUGGUUUUAUGUUUGUUUUCCUGUUAAGAAGGAGUUGGUUUUGUAUUGCUGCUCACAGAUUUACUUUGGUACCAGCUCUAUUUCAAAUACUAAAAAUACAUUUUCUGACUGUUCUCGUGAAUUAAGAACCAUGCCUGUUUUGCACACUAUGGGUAGAAAAUAAACCUGCAGCCUUUUAAUGUGAGUAUCUACUGGUGUUUAGUUUUCUCUGCAGAGAUGGUAUUUUGUGUUUUGUGGGGGGGAGAAUAAUCUAUUUCUCAAUGCACUGUGAUUUCCUCUAAUCUGAAGACUACUUGAUCUGUAGGCACUAAACCAUGUUAGUGACGAGAAUAAAACCUCACUGCGGAA